AUGAAAACUGCGUCUCAUCCGGUUUUGUGGGCUUUACCACCGAACGAGGCGGUGACUCUCGACGAUAUAUUGAUUUAUCUAGGCGAAUUUGGCAUCUAUCAAAACUACCUUAUCGUCAUGCUAAUGUCCUCCUGCUUUUUUAUCGCGUUCAUCUAUCUCGCGCAAGCGUUUCUCGUCGUGGUACCGACGGAAUUUUGGUGCAAACUUCCGCAAGUGAAAGACCUUACCGCCGAACAAUUGAGGGAUUUCAUGAUACCUAGCGCGAAAAUGGUCCCUUACGAAGGUCAUCAUUUAGCGUAUUCCCGAUGCUGGGUAUACGAUAUAGCAGUGGAAAAAGCGAUCGCUGCACGUAAGCCGGAUGCAAAUUGGCCGGUGAAGAAAUGUAACGAAUGGGAAUUUAAAUUGUCCGCUUCUGACGUGCCUUACAUAUCAGUAGCCGCAGAACAGAAAUGGGUAUGCGACGAAAGCUACAAAGCGACACUAGCACAGAGUAUCUUUUUUAUGGGUUCGAUUGUUGGAGGCAUAAUAUUUGGUUGGCUAGCUGACAAAUACGGAAGAGUUCCGAUCUUAAUUGCAACCAAUGUUUUUGCGUUUGUCGGUGGCAUUUGUACCAUAUACAUAACCAAAUUCUGGGAAUUCUGCAUCUGUAGAUUCAUCGUUGGUGUGGCCUAUGACAACAGUUUCGUGAUGGCCUAUAUACUAGUUUUGGAAUACGUGGGCCCCAGAUGGAGAACUUUUAUCGGUCACAUGUCCUAUGGAAUAUUUUAUACUAUUGGUACGAUGACUAUACCAUGGAUAGCUUAUGGGGUCGCCAAUUGGCAAACUUUUUCUCUGAUCACGACCGUUCCAAUAUGUGCUGUUAUAGCCGCACCUUUCGUUCUUCCUGAGAGCGUCAGGUGGUUAAUUGGAAAGGGACAUAUCGAGAAAGCUAUGAAAAUCAUCUCGAAGAUUGAGAAAGUAAAUAAUCGCACGAUACCUAACGAUGUAUAUAACGAAUUUUUGGAAGAUUGCGGGAGAACUGCGGAAACCUUGGCUAUGGAGGAACACACCAUUCUCGAUUUAUUUAAAACAAAACGUUUAAGAAGAAUCACGCUGCUAUUAACUGCGGUAUGGGGCGUCAUUCAAAUGGCCUACGAUGGUCACAUAAGAUGCUUGGACCGUCUCGGCAUGAAUAUAUUCACUACAUUUACCAUAGCAUCCGCGACCGAAUUCCCAGCCGAGAUGGUAAUCAUCUACACUCUCGACGUGUUUGGUCGAAGAUGGACGUUGUUCGUCGCGGUGAUACUCUCCGGAUUGUUCAGCCUACUCGCAUCCAGCGUCUCGAUAGGGAUCGUCUUCGUCUCUUUCGCGAUUUGUGGCAGACUCUUUAUCAAUAUCGCCUCGAACAUCGCGAUGCAAUACGCGGCUGAAUUACUACCGACGGUGAUACGAGGCGAGGGCGUGGCGUUCAUACACAUGACAGGAUACGUUACUUCCAUCUGCAGCCCCUUCAUCGCCUUCUCCAGCAAAUUCAUGUACAAUCUGCCGAUGAUCAUCCUUGGCACGUGCUGUAUAUUUGCUGGAUCUCUCAGUCUCUUCCUUCCUGAAACACUGAUGGAACAACUACCCCAAACGAUGAUGGACGGAGAGUUAUUCGGAAUCGAUCAGACUUUCUGGGAAACGCCAUUGACGAAGAAGAAACCACCGGAACCAAUGGUACAUCACCUGCACGCCAAACGUCCGGUAAAACGACCAGCCAUACUGCGCAGCAGUAUGAUUUCCGGUUACAUUGGCAAUGUGAGACGACACACUCUAAUGCAACGAAGAGUCCGAGCACUCCAGAGACACUAA